GGGGGGGGGGGUGCGGUGGGGGGCAUUUCAUCGAACACCAUUCGCGCAUCGCUCUCCCCGAGCGAACCGCAUUCGUUACGUUACGUUACGUGCGAGAUGAAUCAACUUGUCAGUUCGACCUAGCCCCUGCUUAUCUUUGCUUGUGGGUCGUUGUCGCCGUCUUUGGUUACGCUAGGAGAAGCAUCUCUCUUUCUUGCGUAGAUGAGCUGUUUGACGAAAUGCCCAGGAGAUUCCUGCGUGCGUUGCAUGCCCAGCGGCGGUUUGACUCUAUUUUUCCUUUAGUAUGGUGUCUGCUCUCUGGUGAUCUAAUGUACCAUUUUCUCUUAACCUUGUUUUACCCAAUCUUAAUGCAAAGAUGCAUAAAGAGAACUCUGCAUAUUCCUGUUUUCUCUUAACCUUGUUUCAGAGAACCUUGUUUUCUCUGAACUCUGCAAAAGAUUUUCUGCAUAUUCCUGAAAAAAGGAGAACUCUGCUCCGGUGCUUUUAACUAGACUUAUAAAGGCUUUGGCAUAGGAUUCCUGUAUUGGUUGAUGCAAAAUCUGCUGGUAACAGUCAGCUAAAUUCGCUUAAAAAGUACACUUCUUUGGGUCUUCUUGCUAGUGCAGGUAGAGAAGCACCAUGGCCUUCCUGGUUUCUUAGGUGGUAAACAGGCAAAGAAAGUAAAGCACCAAGUGGCGCCAUUGCUGCAAUGAAAUCAAAUUAUUAUUAGCAAGUGGAUGAAAGGAAAAGAAUACACAGCCUGGAAGAGCUUUCAACUUGAAUCCCCUUGCAAUUGUGUUUUUCAGACGUUUUGCAAUAGAGAAUGUCAAUGUCCAUUGUGACAAAGGCAGUUGGUGGCAAGAAAGGGAGGAGAAUCUAUAACAGCUCUCUUCUGCAAUCUGCAUUGCCCUCUCUGUUCUCAUCAGGUUUUAGCCACACUGCUUCAAUAUCUCUUUCCAUCUUCCGUAUUUAAGUGAUCGGCACUCAGCAGCUCUGUGAGAUAUCUCUUCUGGGAUCUGCAGUUUCAAGCAUCUCCCAUAGGAGAGAUCCAGUGGGAAUCCGUAGGUUCUAGCACUAUGGGCACAGUUUUGGAUGCUCUCGCUUGGAAAUUCUUGGAAAAGCUGGGUCAACUUAUUGAGGAUGAGGUUAUCAUGACAUUAAGUGUGAAAAGGGGUAUUGAGAGCCUGAAGAAAAAUCUGGAAUUCUUCAACGCUGUUCAUGAGGAUGCUGAGGCUCUGGCCAUGGAGGAUCCAGGGAUAGAUUCAUGGUGGAAGAACAUGAGAGAUGUUAUGUUUGAUGUCGAUGACAUCGUAGAUCUUUUCAUGGUUCAUUCACAGAAGCUCUUGCUGCCACCAAGGCCGGUAUGUUGCAAUCAGCCCUUGUUCUCUAGCUUUGCAAAGUUUUCAUUUGAUCACAUGAUUGCCAAAAGAAUUGAUAAUAUAAAUGAAAAGUUUGAAGAAAUUAAAAUGAACAAAGAGAUGUUUGGCUUGGAGAGAACCAACGGGCAACAAAUCCAGAUAACAAUUGUUGACAGAAGUCAGACAUCUCCUGUAGAUGAACUUGAGGUGGUUGGAGAAGAUAUCAGAAGGGCUAUUGAUGACAUCGUCAAAAUGAUUGUUAGUAGUAACUACAAUGAAAGCAGGUCAACUGUUUUUGGGAUCCAGGGGAUGGGAGGCAUCGGUAAGACAACAUUAGCUCAAAAGAUAUACAAUGAACAGAGGAUAAGGGAGAAAUUCCAAGUUCAUAUAUGGUUGUGCAUUUCUCAGAAUUACACAGAGACCAGUUUGUUAAAACAGGCAAUCAGAAUGGCUGGAGGAAUUUGUGAUCAGCUGGAGACUAAGACUGAGCUUCUACCGCUUCUAGUGGACACUAUUAGAGGGAAGAGUGUUUUUCUUGUGCUGGAUGAUGUUUGGAAAUCUGAUGUAUGGAUUGAUCUUCUUCGUUUGCCUUUCUUGAGAGGUUUGAAUUCUCAUAUCCUUGUGACCUCAAGAAACCUGGAUGUUUUGGUUGAAAUGCAUGCAACUUAUACCCACAAGGUAAACAAAAUGAAUGAUUGCGAUGGCCUAGAACUGCUGAUGAAGAUGUCAUUAGGGCCAUACGAGCAAAGCAGAGAAUUCAGUGGUGUUGGAUAUCAAAUUGUCAAAAAGUGUGAUGGCCUUCCUCUUGCCAUCAAAGUUGUUGCAGGUGUUCUAUCUACUAAAAGAACAAGGGCAGAAUGGGAGAGUAUCCGAGAUAGCAAGUGGUCCAUUCAUGGACUUCCCAGAGAACUAGGAGGCCCUCUGUACUUAAGCUACAGCAACUUACCCCCUGAACUUAAACAAUGCUUUCUCUGGUGUGCUUUGUUGCCGUCAAAUUUUGUGAUACGUCGUGAUGCUGUCGCUUACUGGUGGGUUGCUGAAGGUUUCGUGACGGAAGUGCAUGGGUACUCAAUACAUGAGGUUGCUGAAGAGUACUACCAUGAGCUAAUCAGAAGGAAUCUUCUGCAGCCACGACCAGAGUUUGUAGACAAAGGCGAGUCAACAAUGCAUGAUCUAUUGAGGUCACUUGGUCAAUUUUUGACAAAGGAUCACUCCAUAUUCAUGAACAUGGAAUAUAGCAAAGCCUUACCAAAUCUACGCCACUUAUGUAUCAGCAAUGAUGUAGAAGAAAUACCUGCUAUAGAAAAGCAAAAGUGCUUGAGGAGCCUCCUAGUUUUUGAUAACAAAAACUUCAUGAAAAUUAAUAAGGACAUUUUCAGAGAACUCAAGCAUAUCCGUGUCUUAGUUCUCAGUGGAACAAGCAUCCAAAUCAUACCAGAGUCAGUGGGAAACUUCUUGUUACUGAGGCUUCUAGAUCUAAGCUAUACAAAAAUUCAGAAACUCCCAGAAUCCAUAGGAAAACUUACCAGCCUUGAAUACCUUUCUUUGCAUGGUUGCAUACAUUUGGAUAGCCUGCCAGAUAGUUUAAUGAGACUGUCGAACAUAAGUUUCCUAGAGCUAGAACAGACUGCAAUCGACCAUGUUCCAAAAGGAGUUGCAAAGUUGCAGCAACUCUACAACCUUAGAGGAGUUUUUGACAGUGGAACUGGAUUCAGACUAGAUGAACUCCAAUGUCUCUCCAAUAUCCAACGUCUCCGGAUUGUGAAGCUAGAAAAAGCAGCACCAGGGGGUUCAUUUGUACUCAAGAACUGUCUUCAUCUUCGAGAAUUGUGGCUCGGUUGCACAAUCGGAGGUCAUGAUAAAACUUAUUAUCAGACCAACGAGAUUGAGAGAAUUCAGCAAGUCUACGAACUGCUAAUUCCAUCGCCAAGCUUACUGUAUAUAUUUCUUGUCGGGUUCCCUGGUGUAAGGUUCCCAGAUUGGUUGUGCUCAGAACCAGAGCGUAAGAUGCCAAAUUUGGGUCAUAUGCACCUCAACGACUGCACUUCAUGUUCAGUGCUUCCACCAGCAGGCCAGAUGCCAGAACUGCUAGUUUUUAAGAUUAAAGGCGCAGAUGCAAUAGUGAAUAUGGGUGCAGAGCUGCUAGGGAAAGGCGUCAAUAGCGCAAAGCAUAUAACUAUUUUUCCAAAACUCGAAUUGCUUCUCAUCACUAACAUGAGCAAUUUGGAAAGUUGGUCUCUCAACACAUGGAAUUUGUGUGGCAAAUCUGAACAGCUUGUUCUGAUGCCUUGCCUUAAGCGUUUGUUUCUUAACGACUGCCCAAAACUAAGGGCUCUCCCUGAAGACUUGCAUAGGAUUGCUAACUUAAGAAGAAUCCAUAUCGAAGGUGCUCACACGCUGCAAGAAGUUGACAACCUUCCUUCAGUGUUAUGGCUCAAGGUCAAGAACAACAGGUGUUUGAGGAGAAUUUCCAAUCUCUGUAAUCUAAAGGACUUGCUUGCGCAGGACUGUCCAGCGCUGUAUCAGGCAGAGAAUCUAAUCUCACUAAAGAGACUCUACAUGGUCGAUUGCCACAACGCGAAGCAAUUCAGGAUGAGCCUCCUGGAAGACCAACAACUUGCCGUCCAUGUUGUUACAGUUGGUGCAGAUGGCAGGGAUAUCUUUCCAGAUGAAUCUCUCUAUAAUUAGGCAGUACUAGAGUGGAGCGCACUUAAGGAAAUGGUGAUACUAGUGCACCUGAAAUGUUACAGGAAAACAAUUCAAUUUCUGUGGUAAGUGGUAGCCAAUGGUAUUCAAAAUGCAGUCCAGUGGUAAAUGCAGCUUGGUGCAGUCCUAACAGAAGGAAGCAACAUCGUUUACCGAGAUUAUAGCUUGAAUUCAUCAGCUUAAUAUAAAUGCAAAAAUUUGGAAACUUGGUCAGCACUGUCGAAAACUAGAUAUCCCUUCAGGUGAAGUUGCCUGACUCAAGGUUAAGACUAACAUCAAUUUGCCACUGCUGGAGGUAAGAACGGUGGGUGUAAAUGCUGCCUCGAUUGCAGCAUAGUGUGAUGCUAUCUCCAAGACUGAUUCAGGCUGAGCAGCCUCUGAGAGCUUGUGCAGAUUUCAAAUCCAACGAGUUUUUGAACAUGUUCUUGUCCGUUGGGCUCCUCCAUGUAAAUAUCUUGAACAGCAUGACCAAUAGACGUUCCCAGUACUCAAUACAAAUACUUUUCAGGACUUCAGAUCGAUCAACAUGUUAAACUUGGAAUAUGCAAGAACUGGGUGUGAUAAACAACGAUCGAAGUACAUCUGUUUCAGUUAUGUGGGGUGACAUAACCAAUAAUCCUCUUACCCCGAUUGUGCCAUUUAAAUUCUGUUUUUUUCUUUUAGUGGCUUAAAUAGUGGGUUUUGCUUGUACUUAAAUUGAACUCUUGAGACAAGGGUGAUGAACCCUUGGAAGUGCCUCAUAUUCAGCCAUACAAACUUCCUGUGGCCUCAAUUUCAAUUUCAUAUAUUCAGUGCAGUAAGAAAGAGAA